UAAGUGGGAUAACAAAUCCGAAACAGAGCAAAAACCAGAGGCUGAGCAGAGCUUCAAAAAUCAAAAACCAAUGGCAGCUCUAAGCAUUGGCAUCGCCACCACCAGCUCCGCCUUACUUUCAAAGCCGACACUCCGCCGUUUCAGGCCCACAAGGAUUUCCUGCGUCGCCUGGGAUCCAGAAGGUAUACUCGGGCCGCCGCAGACCGGCCACAUAGCCCGAAAAGAGUUCCAGAGACGGCUCGAAAAGGACUCCGAUGCUCGAGAAGCCUUCGAGCGCCAAGUCAUUGAAGAAAAAGAGCGCCGUCGAGCUGUCAGAGAAUCUCGAGUAGCUCCAGAUACUGCGGAGGGGUUGAUCGAGUACUUUCUUGAUACUGAAGCUAGGGAGAUUGAGUUCGAGAUUUCGAGGUUGAGGCCAAGAUUGAACAAGGAAUUUUUCUCGCACCUAAAAUUUGAGAUAGGUCAGCUACGGUUUGCGGUUUCAAAAACUCAGGAUAUGGAAGAUAGGUUGAUUGAGCUGGAAGCAUUGCAGAAAGCCCUGCAGGAAGGAACAGAAGCGUAUGAUAAAAUGCAAAUUGACCUCGUUAAAGCCAAGGAAAGUCUGACCAAAAUCUUGUCAUCAAAGAAUAUCAAAGAAACUUUACUGGAGAUGGUUGAAAGCAACGAACUUAAUAGAUCCUUGUUGACAAUUCUUGAUGAAAACAUAGCAAGUGCACAGCAGGGUAACCAGAAGCAAGCAGCGGACUUCAUGGAAAAGCUUCGUGGAGCUGUUCUCAAGUACAUGACAGUUUAAUGAUGAGUUGGUACAUAUUAUGUGCCUAAUGAGUAUUUUAGACGAAAUUUUGGCAACUUUGAUAGUUUGAUCUGUCUAUAUUGUGUUGCAACACUAAAUUCGAUAGAUUAUGUUUUUCUUUAUAAAAGAACAAGAUAAGCGUAAACAUCGA